UGUUUAAGAAUUCCCAUCCAUAGAAAUAAAAUAUAACUGACCAAAAGACACACUGAUCUCGGGGUCUGCCCACUCAUCUUGCCUCCCUUCAUCGAUGACUCGACUUUGGCUAAAAGUGUGAAACUACUGACCCGCUUUUGUUUUAUCGGCAUCUGCACCGGACACUGCCGUUUCCUCUUCCUGUACACUCGAACCGUGUAGCACAAUUGUUUCGACAUCCUCCAUAUUGCUAACUCACAACCAUAUCGGUGAAUGCGCUGGCGUCCAAACGAUGUAUCUACCGUGGAAUUUAACAACGCCUCGAACGCAGGUUCUCGUAUUGGGUAAAGAGGUGCCAUAACUAUGCGACCCACAUUGUGGGAAAUGUAGUCCAAUUCACUGCACACGUCGUUGAUUGUAAUCGUUACUGUAUGCCAAAUGACUACAAUCCCAAAACCCCCAAACCGUAUUGUGCCGACAUUGCUGAUGGGAUUGUAGUUUUUCCGACACGACAUCGCUCAGAACGAAGCAAAUCUGAUUAUUGUUGGACUACAACUCCCAGUAUUCAUUGCGCGAGCCAUCCUCCCGGUUCCCUGCUUCAUUCUCCGAGCCGCCCUGUCUUCUUGUUUGGCUAAAGAUGGCGUUAGCGGCUAACACAGGCGAUUGCUUUUUGUUACACACAAAUUAUUCGACAAGUGGCGGCACAGCAUCGAGCGAUCAUAGCUUUGCCUCGUCACUUAACAUGUGAAAAUAUGUUACAUUUGGCGAACACACGUCAGGUAGCAAGAAAAACGAUUGGCUGGCCUUCUGCGCGACGUAGGCCUGUUUUGCGGGGAGCAGAGCGAAGCGAUUGGAACUUCAUUUCCCAUCAGCCACUGCGGCAUCAGAAAAGACUAAAGAACCAUGGCUGCGUCGACCCUGCAAGCCGGCUGGAAGCAAUCUCCACCAUCUUCCAGGGAGGGAUCUCCAUCGUCGCCUGAAUCAUCUUUAAGCUGGUGUCUGGCCCACCUGUCCAAAGCAGCACCUGCCGCCAAACACCCGAGUCAAGGCAAAGCAGAGUCGGACGGCGGCAGAGAACUGGACAAGAGGUCCAAAUUCUCUCAGUGGCGAGCUUUGGUCGCCAUCCGGACGCAACACAUAAAGGGCGACAAGGCGGGCAUCACCAGAUUUCGGACUCAGGAAGGUCUGCAACCCUUGUUGGACCUGCUCAGCCACCCAGAAUUCUCCAGGAAAACUCUGGACCUGGCGCUUAGUAUUCUGGCCAACUGCUGCACUGAAUUAGAAACACGUAUAGAGGUUCGUAAGCUUGAUGGAAUAAAUAUAGUUGUGGACAUCAUGAAGAGGAACGUGGCCCAGGAGACCAUCCAGAACAGGGCCGCACGGGCUUUGGGAAAUCUGGCAAUGGACUCUGAGAGCUCGGCGCUCAUCCACUCGGCAGGUGGCGUUCCUCUUCUCCUCCUCUGUGUGUCGCUGUCCUCUGCCCCGUCGUCCCCCCCUGCAGCUUCACCCAAAGACUCUUGUCCUAAACUGGAGUGCGCUCAGUCGGCCGCCCGCGCCCUCCUCUACCUCUCAGACACGCCCGCAAACCGCCUGGCGCUGCUCACCCAAGGGACCUUAUCGGCGCUCGCCCCCCUAGUCGCUCCGGAAUACCCCCAGGGUUUGCGCCGGGCGGUCCUCAGGACUCUCCACGAGCUCACCCGGGGGUGCGGCAUGGAAUGCGCCCGGGAGGUAUCUCGCUCGGGAGUCCUGGCCCAGCUGGGCGUCAUGGCGUCCGGCGAGGCCGGGACGCCUUUCGAGGAGCUGGCGCUGAAAACCUUGGCCAACGUGUGCUCUCAAGGCUGCUUGCGCCCCCUCGUGGGGUCCCUGGGGGUCAUCCCUAGGUUCACCGAGGAGGUGAAGAAUGACCAGCUCAAGUCGGGGGUAUUCCUCAAGGCGUUGUGCUUGUGCUGCAAGGAGGCGGUCAACCGGGCCAAGGUGAGGGAGAGCGGCGGCCUGGAGGUGUUGAUGGGCUUUUUGGCCGCCUGCCCGAGUCACCCCCUGUCCCAACUCGCCAUCCUGGCCUGCGUGGACUUUGUUUUCGACGAGUCGGCCAUGGAGCAGCUGCAGGAGUUGGGGCUGGUCCCCCUGCUGAUCGCCCGUCUCGUGGCGCUCACCAGAGGGGAGGAGCCGUCAGCUGACAAGAUGGACGUCGGCGCCGCCUCUAACUCGUCCCCCGCCGAGCUCCUGACGUCGGCGUGCUUCGAGUCCUACGACUUCCCGCCUCCUGAGGGCUACAGGAAAGAGGAGGGCAGCAGGGAACAAGGUUCAUCAAGCUUCUUAAGUCUCAGGACCUGGCUGCUGUCUGAGGGAAUGAUCUCCUCUGAAGAGGACUUGCUGGACUCCUCCAGCAGCGCAGACGGGGAGUGGACGUCCUCGUCUCCUCAGACCUCCCCGAACCCCGACAGCCUCUCCUCGCUUAAAACCAGCUCGCCUUUCAACGCCGUUACCUCCUCUGCCUCCAAAAAAGAAUCUCAGCCCACUUCAUGGUCGCCUUGGAAAGUCAGCGAGCCUCCUCCUUUGAGUCCACAACCUUUCCAGAACAGCCCCCCCGCCAACACCACACAAACCCACCCGGUCUCCCCAUCCAAGUUCUCGUCCCCCCUCAGAAGACGACAUCGGGUGCACUCAGCGGUUGCAAAGGUCACCCUGGACACGCCUCCGACCGCGCUCCGCCCACUUGCGCUCCCCCACCCCUACCACCCCGAGCCGUGGACGCCGGAGUCGCCCAUCCUGCUGCUGCUGUCGCGCUUUUCGCACGCCGCCGACCCGAGCCCGGCCUUGGUCACCUCCAGCGCCGUGUCCAGCCUGCUCCGCUACGUCUCGCAGCACAAGGACCCCAGCAGCCGCUGCUUCCGGCUGCUGUGCCGCCUCAGCUGCAACCCCAACUGCUUGCAGGCGCUGGUCCGCACUGGCUCUGUGGCGCUCAUCCACCACCACCUUUGCCAGUGGGAGGGCAGGGCCAAGGGGCAGACGGAGCGAGUGAGCGCCAAAGUGAAACAACUCGGCGUGACUCUCCUCAAUAAUCUGCACGUCCAGUGCGAGUCGGGAUUCGGGUCGGGGGUCCUCGCUCACGUGAUGCUGUCGGGCUCCGAGUCGGACAAAGUCAACUGUGCGCUCUCUCUGCCCUUAAUCAGCAGCAACAAGUCCCUUUUGAGGAAACUUCUCCUGGACUCUGGCGGCCUCCUCUUAGCCCUGCAGCCUCUCGGUUGCCACGGCGAUGAUGCCGAAGACCACCACACUGCCGAAUGCGGGCGGCUGCUUUCCGCUUACACCGACGGCACCUCCUCGCCCCACGCGCUGUACUUCUCUCUCCUGAUUGGGUGCUUGUCUCCGCUGGCGACCAGCAUCAAAUCGGAGCCGCCGAAAAGCCAGGUGGCGCGCGAAGCCGACACAACGGCGCCCCCUCCCUCCAAAAAGCCUCGCCGCGCCGACACGUGCCCGUACGGCGCCUCGGACUUUGACCUCCUCCUCCUGCUGGACGACGGGACGGAGAUCCCGGCCAACAGGGCGGCCGUGGCCGGCCUGAGGAGCCCGGACAGGGUCGACUCGGAGUAUUUCAGGGCCCUGCUGACAGGCGGAUUCGGGGAAGCGCACGCCGACGCUGGAGAAGCCAUCAGCAUUAAAGACGUGAGCAAAGGAAUGUUGGUUCCAGUGCUGCAUUACCUGCAUGGUUGUCGUCUGGCAAAUAACGUAGACGCCUCAAGCGAUGCGGAGGAAGGACAAUGUCAGUUUUUGGACUCAUUGGUACUCGAAGGCCUGGCUUCCUGUCAAACGGACACAGAGGAGCUGACCUUCCAGAAGACUCCAUUAGGCGAGACCAUGGCGGGAGCUUGCAGGUUCCUGGCCACGGAAAUGCAGAGAGAGUUGGAGGAUCUCUGCGUGUCCCGUCUCUUUUCCGCCGAGUCUGUGUCGCCCCCAUCAGACGACAACGCAGCAGCGCCCUCUGCUGGACUGGACCAAGACCAGCUGAAGACUACUGAGGAGCACCUGGCUAACAGAACAUCUGAGCUGGCCUUGACGUGUGCGGAAGUGCAAAUAGAGAACCAGUCAGAAAAUCCAACAAAAGGUUCCACUCACCAAAAAGAAAGUAAAAAACCAACACGACGGAAAAUGAGCACAACUCUUAAGAGUUCAAAACCAGGUUGUGUGUCAGAAGAGUCCGGAAUAAAAGAGUUAAAAAGUUCAGCCCAGCUCCUCAAGUCUGCAAACCAAGCGGAUUGUCCGACUGCUUCCGAAAAAGGAGGCAGGAGAGGUAAAGGUGGAUGCGCCGCCCUCCUUCCUCAGGUGUACUGGUUCGCUCAGCACUACAACUACCCGGCGCUGCGUCGGGCCUGUCUCACGCUGCUGCUGGGCUGUCCGGGCGGCGGGCGGCGGUUGUUCUUCUCCCCCCGCGAGACCGCGGACUGUCUGCGACGAGCGGCACAACAGGCCGACUGCGCAGACACGCUCAAACAGGAUCUACUCGGUCUGGCUGCAGACGCUCUGACUUGAGACCAUUGAGAGUCACGUCCAAUGUAAUACUUGUAAUGCAUGAUGCUUUAUUUUGGAAGCCUCCAUUAUAUAUUUUUUUACAAAUGUAUAUAAAUUACAGCCUGUCUCAUCAUGUCAUAAUUAUAUACUUCCGUUGACGUUUUUUUUUUUUUAAAUCAGAUGGGAUCUGUCUGUGUUGCUCUGGUUUGAAGUCAUAUUGCUGAUAGUACUAGGAGUAUCAGGGUCACUUGUUAUGUACAUAGAGAUCAGGUGCAACGACAGCUGUAGAUUCCAUCUGCCUAAUACCAUUUGAUGCCACUGAAAUAUAUAAAGAGUUAUGUCACACCA